AUGUAAAUAAUUCUUAAGUAGUUAUAAGAAAAUCAAAUAAAUAGUUAUAAAUCAAUCAAAAAUAACAAUUUUACCAAAUUUAUUAAAUUAUACUAAAAUAAAAGAAAAUUAGCUUGCAUUAAAGUAAGUUAGAGUCUCUUAAUUGAGUUAUAAAUAGUAAUAUAAUAAAUUAUUUUAAAUUUUUAGUUAACUUAAAAGAAAUAGACUAUUAAUUUGUAAAUAAAAUACAACUAAUAAACAAAUAUAAAUUAUCAAUUAAUUUUUAUUCAUUCUAAAUAAAUGUGUAUAUGUGUGUAAUAAUUAUAAUAUUUCUCCAAAUGA